AUGAUGUUUACUGUGUAUUUUAGCAGAUUUUAACUCAUUUUUAUAUUUAAAUAUUGCUUUUCCAUAGCAUUACCGGCAGGUGCCGCAUUAUGUUUCCUUUAAUUUAAUCAGAAAUCUUAUUUUUCAUUCUUAUAUGUUAUGUAAUUAAAUGUUUAUUAUUUCGUUAUUGAAGGUACAUGUGCCGUAUUAUAAUAUUUGACAACAGAAAAUCUUGAUGAUUAUUUGUCCAAGGCGAAAAAUCAAGUUGCUUUAAAAUGUUUAUUGUAUUCUAAUGUUACAUGAAGCUCUUCUCAAAGUUAAAUUAAUCACUAUGAUAUUACCAGCGUUAUUUGUACGCUUCAGUUAUUUAUUACCUCGAGCUGUUCAUGGUGUGGCCAAAGGGACUAUUAAAGACCUUAACCAUCACAGAAAGAAGAUGACUUCUGUUGCUGUGAGUGUAUUCAGAGUGCAGCUGUGUCUGUUUAGUAAUGCACAGGUUAAGAGAAGUACUAUAUUUGCAUUAUCAACUCCACCUGGAAUAUCUGCUAUUGCUGUAAUUCGUAUAUCUGGACCCAGGGCAGCUGAUGUUUUUUACAGACUGACAAAAGUAACUGAACUUCCUAAUUAUAGAAAAAUUCUUCUUUGCAAAUUAAAGGAUCCUGUUAGCAUGGAACUGUUGGAUAAAGCAAUAAUGCUAUGGUUUCCUUCUCCUAACAGCUUUACAGGGGAAGAUGUUUGUGAACUGCACAUUCAUGGAGGAAAUGCUGUGAUAAAAAGUGUUUUAAAUGCUUUGCAUAAGCUUCCACAUUUCCGGUUUGCUGAAGCUGGGGAAUUUACAAAAAGAGCAUUUUUAGCUGGGAAGUUGGAUCUGACUGAAGUAGAAGGAUUGGCAGAUUUAUUACAUGCAGAAACAGAAGCCCAACACAAGCAAGCUCUGAAGCAAUUGGGUGGUGCUUUGCAUAAUCUGUACAACAGUUGGGCUGAUAAAAUAAAAAAGUGCCUUGCUAGACUUGAAGCUUAUAUUGAUUUCAGUGAGGACCAGCAUUUGGACAAUACUAUUUUAGAUACUGUGAAAUGUAAUGUAGAUAAACUGAAACAAGAGAUAGCUAGUCAUUUAUUGGAUAAAAGAAAAGGAGAGAAAUUAAGAAGUGGCGUAUUUGCCGUAUUAGUUGGAAGACCAAAUGUUGGCAAAAGUAGUCUUCUGAAUAAUUUGUGUAAAAGAGAAAUCGCUAUAGUGUCUUCUACUGCUGGUACAACUCGAGAUAUCAUUGAAACCUCUUUAAAUCUUGGAGGAUAUCUAGUCAAUAUAUCUGAUACUGCAGGAAUUAGGGAAACUUCCGAUUCAGUAGAACAAGAAGGUGUAAAACGGACAAAAGAGAGGUCACGAAAAGCUGACAUAUUGAUUUUUGUGAUGGAAUCGAAACAAGUUCUCAAACUUAUGGAUUCAUACUCUUUGAAAGAAACUGAUAUUUUGACAUACUUAUUACGUGUGGAGCUAGGAGAAGACUUUUUCAAUGAUUUAAAGAAUUUACAAAACAGCUCAGAUGAAAAUGAGUGUUCAACUCAUAUAGGAAUGAAUGUUAUCCUUCUUCUCAACAAGAUAGACCUUUUAUCCCCUGAAGAAUUUCAAAGAAUCUCCCAUUUAGAAAAUUCCAAUCCUGCCAUUUGUGCUAUUUCUAGUACUGAAGGAAUGGGGAUGGGCAGGUUUGUAGACCAUUUCUCCAGAAAUGUCCAGGAAAUAUGUUGUGGACAUAGAGGUGAGGAGCCAACUAUAACUCAGGAACGUCACCGCCAAUAUGUACAAAAGUGCUACGAGCACCUGAUGGAAUUUGAAAGUCUGCUGGAGUGUGAUAUUGCUAUUGCAGCCUACAACUUGAGGAAUGCAGCAAACGAACUGGGGAAAAUUACGGGAAAGAUUAGAGUUGAUGACAUUUUAGAUAUAAUUUUCAAAGACUUUUGUAUAGGAAAAUAAAGGAAAAAAUUAAAUGCCUUUUUAUUCUUCUCA